CUGCAGACCACGUUUCUCGCCUCCCUCGAUAAACGACGACGACGCCGGCGACAGCGACGACGACGACGGCGACCACCUCCACCCGCUACGAAACAUCAAUCGCCGGAGCAGAUUCGCACUCGGAAUCGGCGGAAAGAAGACAGACGAAUCUUAGCUUUAUGGUGUCCGUGAGCCCGAACCCGGCGCAAGGGUUCUACUUCUUCGAUCCCGCGAACAUGGGGAUCCACCACGGGGCCAGCGCCGGCUCUCCGCCGCCACCCUCGGCCGUCGCGGCGGCGGGCUCGGCGGCGAACGCCGCGCCGCCGUACGCGGAGGAUCCGAGCAAGAAGGUGCGCAAGCCGUACACCGUCACCAAGUCCAGGGAGAGCUGGACGGAGCAGGAGCACGACAAGUUUCUGGAAGCGCUUCACCUGUUUGAUCGGGAUUGGAAGAAGAUUGAAGCUUUUGUUGGAUCAAAAACAGUUAUUCAGAUUCGUAGCCAUGCACAAAAGUACUUUCUAAAGGUUCAAAAGAACGGGACAAGCGAGAAAGUACCACCGCCACGGCCAAAAAGGAAAGCUGCCCAUCCUUACCCACAGAAAGCACCUAAAGCUCCAGUUGUUUCCCAAGUCGACGGGCCAUUUCAAGUUUCAUCUGAUUUUUUGGAACCUGGGCAUGUUGUCAGACCUGAUGGAUCAGCAUUGCUUAGGAAUUCCCUUACGGGUGUAGCCUUGUCUUCAUGGAGUCAUAACUCUGUACCUGCAAUGAGUGCAUCGCAGGGUACAAAAGAUGUACGAAUUUCUGGCCCACCAGUUCCAAGUAAUUGUUGCAAGAGCAGCAGUAAUGACAGUACACCGAGGUCCUGGCCAAAUGGUCAAGCGAUUGAACCUGUGGAUCAACACAAACAUCUUAGAGUUAUGCCAGAUUUCGCACAAGUUUAUAGGUUCAUCGGCAGCGUUUUUGACCCAGAUACCAGUGGUCACCUACAGAGAUUGAAGCAGAUGGACCCUAUAAAUAUGGAAACGGUACUGCUCUUGAUGAAAAACCUCUGCGCAAAUUUGACAAGUCCUGAAUUUGAGAAAUAUCACCGAAGCUUGUUUGCUUCAUACGUGGGUGGUCCUGAGAAGUCCAAAUCUGGUGGCUCCGUCAAUUUCCUCCCCGAAAAUUCUGGCAGCGUAAUUCUGUCCGCGUAACUUGUGACUUAAACAAACUCGACCCCUUCAAGCCAGGCAUCGUUGGGGAAAACUGCACAGUGGUGGAGAAUAAGAUGCACAAGGAUGGCCGAGCUGUGGGACUUGCAAACUGUUGGUCAGUCACUGAAGUUUGGGCUUGUGGUUUUUGUAGCUUUGUAGAUAUCCUGUGAAAUGGAAACGGCGGUUUGUGGAUAUACAUUGAGAGACAUCGUCGGAAGCUGGUACUUCUUAUAGGCUUUGUACAGAGUUUUUAUCGGACUUUGUAUAUGGCUGUUGUGAGAUACAAGAGAUGUCGUGCGACCUAGAAUAAAACUUUGGCGUCGGGUGUGUUCAUGUACAUGCGCAUGUGUAAAAAUCGAAGAUGAGAAGUAGUGGGGAGUGCUUGAUCAGGCUACGGUUUUAAGGUGAA